AGGGGGAGGCAGAUUGCGUUGACUCUAUCUCCGCUGCGAGAGACGGGAGGUUGCGUCUGUGAACACUGACUCCUCUGGAAGAAAUGGCAACUUCGAGUCCUCAUUUAUACAAAGCUGUGGAGCAACUCCAGCUGCACGCAAAUAAAAUUGGAAAGACUUUGAAAUGGGAAUGCAAACAGUUUGGGCCCCCUCACGACAUUGUGUUCAUAUUCAAUGCAGUGAUUGAUGAAGAAACAUUCCCAGAAGCCAAGGGGAAAACCAAGAAGGAAGCUAAGCACAAUGCUGCCAAACUUGCGCUGGAGAAAUUGAACAUUGACUUGACUGAUGGCGGUAGCCUUCGAAUAUCUCCUGCCAGCAUGGGAAACUACAUCAGCAAGCUCAACGAGUAUGGGCAGAAGAAAGGCAUACAUCUCGAGUACAGGUUUCAGCAACUGGACACAGGCAUGGAUCAUGUACAAAAGUUUGCAUGCAAUGUUUUCAUGGACAAAAAAGAAUACCCAUUAGGCUAUGGUCGAAACAAACAAGAAGCCAAGCAUGAAGCUGCACUACUCGCCUAUGAGGAAAUUGCUGAACUUCCGUCACUUUCUGAGAAUAUGAGAAAACUCAAUGUUGAAAAUGAAGAACAACACAAGAGCGCUGCAGAAGACUCCACCGACCAGAAUCUCAAAAGGUUCAUGGAAGAUCAGAGUAGUGAGGUCGAGAAGGGUGAUGACGAGUUCAUUUCCACAGUCAGUAUGGAUCUCUCCUGUAGCUCGAAAAAUGCCAUCGGAGAGUUGAACGAGUAUUGCCAAAAACGGAAUUGGAUCUGCAAGGUUGUGGAAGUGGCUAAACGCGGGCCAUCCCACACUCCAGAAUUUACUCUGAAAUUUGUAAUAAAUGACAGAUCUUUUGCAAGUGCUACUGGAAAAAACAAACAGGAGGCCAAACAGAGAGCUGCUGUUCUUGCUUUGAAUGAACUGCAGAACGAAUCAAACAGUAUUUCACAAGAUGGAUUUUCUUUAAAGGAUUCUGAAAAGUCGGAUGGUUCCAGCUUCAUUGUGUUCAUGGACUCCAAAGAAGCACCUCAUUCUCGUGCAAUGGAUUCUACUACUGGAUCCAGAUCAAAACGCACGAGGCCAUUAGCACCAAGCUUUUCUCGUCUGAGCACGGAAACAGAUUCUGCAUCUUCUCAGAUGAACAAUAAAAAUGGACAAGAUCAAGGCCUGGAAAUGAAAAUUGACGGAUUUUCAGAGUUUGAAGAAAUCGGAGGAGGAGCCUUUGGCCAUGUUUACAAAGCUAAGAACAAUGUUGAUGGACAGUACUAUGCCAUCAAGGAAGUCUUAAUGCAGAAUGAGAAAACAAAACGUGAAGCUGAGUCCUUGGCGAAGACAGAACAUCGAAAUAUAGUUCGAUACCACACCUCCUGGAUUGGGAAAAGCUGCCGGAAAGGCCGCCAGUUCAAGGAAUCCCUCUUUAUUCAAAUGGAGUUGUACGAGAAGAACUUGAAAGAAUGGAUGCUGGAACGUCAAAACAAUGAAUCCACUCAGAAUGGAGUUAUUAUGAACAUUAUUCAUCAACUAUUGGAAGGAGUUAUUUACAUUCAUCAGAACAAAAUGAUUCACCGGGACCUGAAGCCAGCAAAUAUCUUCCUGAAAGGAGAGAUCAUAAAGAUCGGUGACUUUGGUCUUGUUACAACGAUGAAUGAGCAGGAAGCACUGACCAGACACGUUGGGACACCUUUAUACAUGAGUCCAGAACAGUUUUCAGGCGAGGACUAUAAUCACAAAGUCGACAUCUAUGCACUGGGGCUGAUAUUCUUUGAGCUUCUGUUCAUGUGCCAUGGGACCACAAUGGAAAAAAGCAAGAUUUGGAAUGAUGUCAGAAAGGGAAACUUCCCUCCAUGCUGUCUGAAGGACUCUGAAGUCAAGAUUUCAAUAAUCCAAAAAAUGCUCUCUCAGGCUGCGAGUGAAAGACCAGAAGCAAAUGAAGUCAAGGAGAAUCUGGAACUUUGAAUCUUACAAAGCAAUCAAAAAGCUUUUCCAGAAAUCUGAAGUGAGAGGACUUUUCCCAGAUAGCACACUAGAACUGAGAAGUCAAUGGGUUGGUCACUGUUAGUCUUAACGAUCAAAAUUCAAUCUUUGAAACUUAAUACUAUCAGAACGCAUAGAAUGUUACUUUGUCUGCUAAUUGGAUCACUGUAAAGAACCUAGAUUUAAUCUAAUGUGAAUUCCUGGUCAAAUUAUAUGGUCUCCUCUCAAGUUGCUUGGCCAGGUAUUUUGUGGGGUUUCCUCAGAACCUUAAGGUGCCACUUUAUAACCAAGAAGUACUUUGUAACUGAUGUCACUGUUAUAAUGAAUGUGGUGACCAAUUUGCAAACAGUGAGAACCCAUGAACAGCAAUGAAUAAACCAACUGGUUUGACUGCUGUUGAACGAGAGUUAAGUGUCAGUCAGCACUAAGGGAUAUGCUCAGAACUCAAUUUCCAGAAACAUGCAGGCGAUAAGACUUCAGGAAUUCCAGGCUGUUUUAUCAGAGUUGAAAACCUGCAGAGAUCUCUUUGGGAGAAUAAAGUGGAGGGGCAGCACAGCAGAGGGUCAGAUGUGGGAAUAACUGGAUGGGUGGGUGGUUGAAGUUGAGUUGCAGUGUGAGGAUCGUAUAAGACAGAUACGUGUGAGCUCCCAGUGAGAGCAGCUGCAAGCAACAACAACAACCAUCUUGUCCCUGUUAGCUUUGAACAUGUUUUCUCAGACUUUCAGAGGAGCCAAACUGUCCUGAUGAAGGGCUUUUGCCCCAAACGUCGAUUUCGCUGCUCCUCGGAUGCUCCCUGAACUGCUGUGCUCUUCCAGCACCACUGAUCCAGUACCCUGUUUCUUCACAGUACAGAGUGAGGAAAUUGGCCCCAUUGGCCAGUGUGUUGGUGUGAAUUUGAAAUGCAAAAGCAGCCCUUCAUUAGUAAGUCUCUGUUGUAUAUGUCUGCUGGUGUUGGCCAUGGUUCAUGUAUAGCCUGAGAAUGCAUAGCAUUCUCCCCUCUCAGUCAGGGACUUGAGGACAAAUCACUUUGUGCUGCUGGAGGUGAACUGGGCUCUGUCUAUCUGCCUAGGUAGACAACAAAGGAGAGGGGGAGGUCUCCGGACCCCUCAGCCAAGAUUGCUAGACAAAUUAUCUGUUUAUUAUCAUGUUAUGGGAAUUUUCUGUGUCCAAAAUGGCCACCAUAGUUCCUGCACUAUGACAGUGACUGCUCUUCAAAACAUUUAUAACUCUGCACUCUUCUCUGUCUGAGUUUAAUGAUUCCACCAUUGAUGGCCAUUCAUUCAACUGCCUGGGUCCAGAGCUCUGGAAUUCCCUGGCUCACACUGCUCUGUCUCUCCUUUUAAGGUAGUCCUCUUGACCAUGGACUUGAGUAAAGCCUUUUACAAGGUUCCACAUGGUAAUUGGUAAAGUUUGUAAGUUUACUCACUGAGCUGGUAGAUUUGUUCUCAGAUGUUUUGCCACCAUGCUCGGUAAUAGCAUCAGUGAGCCUCCGAUGAAGCACUGGUGCUCUGUUCAACUUGCUAUUUAUGUGCCUUGGUCUGUUGUGGUGGGUGAUAUCAUUUCCGGUUCUUUUUCUGAGAGGUUGGUAAAUGGGGUCCAAAUCAUUGUGUUGAUUGAUGGAGUUCCGGUUUGAAUGCCAGGUGUCUAGGAAUUCCCGUGCAUGUCUUUGUUUAGCCUGUCCCAGGAUGGAUGUGUUGUCCCAGUCGACCUGGUGUCCCUCUUCAUCUGUGUGUAUGGAUACUAGUGAUAGUUGGUCAUGUCUUUUGGUGGUUAGUUGGUGCUCAUGUAUCAUGGUGGCUAGUUUCCUGCUUGUCUGUCCAAUGUAAUGUUUGUUGCAGUCCUUGCAGGGUAUUUUUGUAUGUGACAUUUGUUCUGCUGGCUGUUGGUACAGGGUUGGUAAAUUGAUCAGGAGCUGUUUCAGUCAGGUGGUAGGUUUGUGGGCUAUCAUGAUGCCUAGGGGCUGGAGUAGUCUGGUCGUCACCUCCAAGAUGCCUUUAAUGUAUGGCAGGGUGGCUACAGUCUCUGGGCAUGUUGUGUCUUCUUGUUUAAGUCUGUUUUGCAGGAAUCGGCAGACGUUGUAUAGGCUUUCGAGGACUAGAGCAAACAUUAUGUUGG